AUGGUAAACACAAGAGAUUUUCUUCCUAAAACCACACAUUACUUAAAAGUUCCGAUUAUUGGUUUAAAUGCAAUUCUCUGGUUACUUGGACUUGUUUUAAUAGUUGUUGGAUCAGUUUGUAUAAGUUUUUUUUCAAAUUUUAAAGAGUUUACCAAAGAAUCAGGAUAUAAGAAUGCAUUAUCGAAUCUUACAACCAGUGCACCAACUGGUGUUUUAGUUAUUGGUAUAUUUUUCAUUUUAUUAACACUUGUUGGUUGCUUUGUAGCAUAUAAAGAGAAAUUGGUUGGUUUGGUUUUAUAUACAAUGUUAAUGCUAAUUUUAUUGGUUGUAUUAAUUGGUAUUGGUGGUAAAGCUUUAACAUUAGAUAAAGAGGAUGCUGUAUCUAUUAUUGGUACAUCAUGGGUACAAAUUUCAAACUCUUUAAAGAAUUCCACAAUUACAAAAUUGGAAGAUUUUUUAGAAUGUUGUUGUUGGUCCGAAUCUUAUUCCAAUCAAACCUAUAAAGACCUUUGUCCAAAAGAUGAUGAUGGAAAUAUUAAAUAUGAAGAUACCUAUUGCGAAGGUAUCUUUACUAAACAAGUUUCAAGUAAAUUAGUUUUAGUUGGUAUUGCUGGUGUAGUUAUUGGAUGUAUUGAAUUUGUUGCAAUGGCAUUAUCACUCUUUUUAAUCAUUCGUAUUUGUCGUUCUCCACGUAGUAGAGCCUAUGAUCAAUAUUAA